AUGUCGGACCUUGCGUCUGCACAGAGGAAUCUGCAGCAGCUCGAGCUGGACCUCAUCUCCUUACCCGCCCUGGCAGCCAACUCCCAGCCCAGCCCCACCACGACCGACGAGCUCCUUCUUGCACGGGGCGUGUAUGAGCAGGCGGUGCUGCUCGGGACCCUGCGCUCCGACUUGGUCGUCUUCCAGCGCAGCUGGAGCCAGCUGGCGCCGUACUACAUCCCAGGCGACCUGUCCAGGAGCCUGACCCCCUCUCCACGCCAGGCCUUCCUCACCGCCCUGAACCUGCUGCGCCUGCUCUCACAGGCGGCAGUGGCGGAGUUCCACGCCGAGCUGGAGCUCCUCUCGGAUGAGAUCAUGGAGGUGGAGGCGUGGCUGAUGGAGGGGGCCUACAACCGGGUGCUGGAGGCGCAGGACGCCCUUUCCACCUCGCCCUACACUGCCAUCUUCCUCCAGCGCCUCACCGACACCGUCAGGGAGGAGGUGGCGGCUUGCUGCGAGCGCUCGUAUGCCUCCCUGAACUCGGCCGAGGCCCUCAAGCUGUUCAGGCUGGAAAGCGAGGCACAGCUUGAAGAGCUGGCACAAGGCCAUGGCUGGAGGCUGACCUCGGGCCGCGUGGAGUUUGCGGGCCCAGACGAGGGGGGGGGGCUGCCUGCCCCCGUCUCCCAGGACAUCAUCUCAAACUGCAUGUUGUAUGCCAAGGAGCUGGAGCGUAUUGUCUGA